UGACAGCAGCAGUCCACACUUUUACACACUUAGACACGGACAUACUUAUAUAUAGUACAGUAUAUACACCUGUGAGAGAACGAUGUCUUCUCCUCCCACUGUCACCUCCAGCGCUCUCAGCGCUCUGGCGCCGAAAAGGAAAACCAAGAAGAAACACUUCGUGCAGCAGAAAGUGGAGGUUUUCAGAGCCAGUGACCCCGUGGUGAGCGUGCUGAUGUGGGGGGUCAACCACUCGAUCAAUGACCUGAGCCAGGUUCCUGUCCCCGUCAUGCUGCUUCCAGACAACUUUAAAGCCUGCGCCAAGAUAAAAGUCAGCAACCACCUCUUCAACAAAGAGAAUCUUCCCGCACAGUUCAAAUUCAAAGAGUACUGUCCGCAGGUGUUCAGAAACCUGAGGGAGCAUUUUGGCAUCGAUGACCACGAUUUCCAGGUGUCUCUGGCCCACUGUCCUCCGCACAAAGACGAGGAGGGGCACCGCGUGGGUCUGCUGCUGACAUCAUAUGACCGCACUUUGGUGGUGAAAGAAAUCUCCAGUGAGGAGGUGGAGGAUAUGCACAGCAUCCUCUCCGAGUAUCACCAGUAUAUUGUUACGUGCCACGGCAGCACGCUGCUCCCUCAGUUGUUGGCCAUGUACAGAGUGACGGUGGAGAGCGAGGACACCUACCUGUUAGUCAUGAGAAACGUCUUCAGCCACACACUGCACGUGCACAGGAAGUACGACCUCAAGGGCUCCCUGGUGUCACGUGAAGCAAGUUUUAAAGAGAGGGUGAAAGAGUUGCCCACAUAUAAAGACGUAGACUUCAGGAAUACGAUGCAAAAGGUUUAUGUGAGUGAAGAGGAGAAGGAGAAGAUUUUGGACAAGCUUCACAGAGACACAGAGUUUCUGGUGCGGAUGAGGAUGAUGGACUACAGCCUGCUGCUGGGCAUCCAUGAUGUGAAGCGGGCUGAGAGGGAGGAAGAGGAGGAGGAAGAGGAGGUUGAUGAGGAGUUGCCAUACGAAGAGGAAGAAGAUGAUGAAAAUGGGCUGGCCCCUGCCCCGCAUUCCACAUCGCCUCAGGGCAUCGCAGGCUACAUGAACUCCUUCAAACCAAUGGGUCCUGGGGAGUUUGACCCUUACGUGGAUGUGUACGCUGUUCAGAGCGCCGUAGGUGCGCCCCAGAGAGAGGUGUAUUUCAUGGGUCUGAUUGACGUGCUGACACAGUACGACGCCAAGAAGAAAGCUGCUCACGCUGCCAAGGCUGUCAAACACGGGGCGGGAGCAGAAAUCUCAACGGUUCAUCCCGAGCAGUACGCCAAACGGUUCAGAGAGUUCAUCACUCAGAUCCUGGCAUAGUUCAACGAGUCUUAUCAUACAGUACAGUUCUUACACCACAUCCCCAAGAUGCAUUCAAAACUUAUGGAAACAAUCUCUGUGAAGACCUUAUGUAAAGCACAUUGAUAGUCUACUAUAAUGCACUCAUAAUGCUUCAUGACAUAUGGAAUUAGAUUUGUGUCAAUAUGAAGCAAAAUAGCCAUUUAAUCAUUCUAAAAUAUUGUAUUUUAUUGUUUGAAAAUACACUUGUUCUUUGUGUUGUGGUUUUUUGUUUGUGGGCGGGCCUUAGGAAGCUACCUGCUGAUUGGCUACUGAGUUUUGGAAUGACAGCUCAAUGGACCAAAGUCACUCUCCAUGUGGAACUCCUGUCAACAUCCAACAAAAUUACAGUAUCAAGCGUUUGUCAGAUUAUAAAUGUUAGAUACUUACAAUUAUUUUAUCAAAGAACAAGAGAGGGAGCGCAAAGAACAAGUGUAUUUUCAAACAAUAUAUAUUUUCUUACCACACUUUAAAACAACUGAACUAUCCCUUUAAUUUAGCAUGAUAUUAACCUAAAUCUUUAAGCACAUAAAAGAAAAAUGUAACAAUCAAAAGUCUUUUCAUUUGAAACGUUGGUAAUAUUGAGGAAAUAUUGUCUGUUUUUGAUUACAUGAAUUAAAACUAACAUUUGCUUAAAUGAUUAAAGACUGAACUCUAACAUUAGUCGACUGUAAAUUCAUCACUGACUGUAAACAGGUGAGUUCAAUUCUUUAGCUAGCCUCAGCAUUAAGCUCAAAUCAUCACAUUUUAUUUUUAUCUUACAUGAUUCAAUUAGAACAUUAUACAUGUUGUAUAAUAUAUUCUCAGUGACGAAGCAUUGGUGUUUGUCCUUAUUUUAUUUUAUUUUUUGUCUUCUCCCUCGUCCCAGUCCUCGUGGCACACAUUCCUGAAUCUCCCUCUCAGAUAAUUAUGAGGAUUUCCCUGUGGACGGACAGCUGAGUGGACAAACAGAGGCAGACGAGGGACAAAAGAACCAGGAGAAAUGUGGUUGUCAGGGCAAAGAAG